UUAUGCAGAAAUUGAGCGAAAGUUUCUUGAACUAGAUUUAAAAGAACAAGAGUCACCAGAAAAAAAUUUGGCUUGCGUGAUAGCUCAAAUUAACGGUGUGAACCAACUGCAGGUUUUUUCAACCAAUCUUACUAUAAUAAUGCCACCUUUGAAUAAAAAAAGACGCCAACUUGAGGCUGCUAGAAAAUCGAAAGGUAAACGUGUUCGUUCAGAAAAAAAUAGGACAGUACGUGAAUAUGAUGAACAAGAUGAUUAUGAACAAAUAAAUGAAGAACUGAACGAUCAUAUGUGGGUAGAUGAAGAGAUCGAUGAAAGAGCUGCUGAUUACUUUGAUAUUCUACUUUCAGCUGGUAGGAACAAUAAUGUUUGGAAGACUUUGAGAAGACCCAUUGUUAAUUUUGGUGAUUCUGGAAGAACUUUAAGGCGAAAAAAAGCCGUGUUAAAAAAAGCCGCUCAAAACAUUCAACCUAUUACCUUUUACUUAUCUUCUGCUUCAGCCCACUCCUUAGCACCUAACACCACUUCGACCUGUGCACUUUCAGAUGCAGUUGCAUUGGUACAAUCAGCAGAGGAAAAUAGAGAGAAAAAUAUCGAAGGAAUUAUGGAGGGAAUUAUGGAAAGAAAUACGGAGGGAAAUAUGGAGGAAAAUAGGGAGGGAAUUAUGAAGGGAAUUGUGGAGGGAAAUACAGAGGGAAAUACAGAGGAAAAUAGAGAGGGAAUUAUAGAGGGAAAUACAGAGAAAAAUAUGGAGGAAAAUGCAGGAGAAAAUGAUAGACAUAUGGAUAAAGGAACUAAAGUUCGCUUAAAAGCAUCACUGCAAUACUUGCGGUUAAGACACCAAGGUUGGACUAAAAUUCACGCAAGUGUGACAAUUGCUAGCUCAUUAGGCUGGGGCGAUUAUAAAGCACGAUGUAUUCGUACAUGGGGUAAUGAAUGGUUAAAGUGGAGAAGAUUACCAAAGGAUAAUCGCGGAAAGUUUAUAAAGGUUCUGAAAGAAUUUGUAGAGAAUGAAGUAUUUCCGUCUUUAGGUGUUGAAAAAAAAACAACUAUCAGUGAAAGAACCACAUCAACAUGGCUCAACAAGUUGGGAUGGCACUAUAAGGAGUGGAAAAAGGGUAUAUAUGUAGAUGGUCAUGAGCAAGAGGACGUGACCAGAUGGGCUCCUGAAAGUGAACAAAAACUAUGUCCAAAAGGACGAAGUAGAUGUAUUUACAUUAGUGAAUUUUUAUGUGAGCCUUUGGGGUGUGUUCAUUUAACUACAGAACAACACUUAUCCUAUCCAGAAAUUCCAAACAGAUAUGUUACAGAAAUUCUUGAAGUUGGUGCAAACCAUGAUGGUUAUUGGAAUAUUCAAUUGCUUGCUAAACAACUUAAACACGCGAUUGAUAUUUUGGAAAUUGCACUCCCCAAUACAAUCUUUGUUUUUGGGUUUGAUAAUAGUUCUAGUCAUGGUGCCUUCGCAGAAGAUGCAUUAGUAGCAAGUAGAAUGAAUAUAAAAUAUGGUGAAAAACAGCCGUGA